UUUCUCUUCCUUUCUUUCUCCCCCCCCCACUUUCUUAACUUACGCCGUUUUCGUACGGCUUUUUCGUAACUCACGCCGUUUUCGUACGGCUUUUUCGUAACUCACGCCGUUUUCGUACGGCUUUCUCGUAACUUUUGCCGGCACUGCCCGGCGGUGGGGGGUACUCCAAAAGUCCUUUCUCUCGCGUUUUUCCAGGGUUGGUGGUUUGAGCUUUUUACCAUCUCAUUAUGGGUGCUCGUUUUACCAAAGCUCAAAAAAGACACUUUAACUUUGUUUCUGCUAUCCUUUCUCAGGGGGGUUUUGAAAAAUUCGAAAAAAAGGAAAUUAAACAACUAAUCAUUUGGCUGUCUGCUCAGUUCCCAGAAGUUUCCCCUGAACAAAUUCACGAUUGGCGUUUUUGGGGACAAGUUUCCACUAAAUUAGGAGAAUUGGCUAAAUCGGGGAGCUCUUCGCUUUCGCGGACUGCUUUCUGGGCUUCCCAAAUUAGGAAAGUUCUGAAGUCCCAGAGGAAACUGAGCAGAAAGCCGUCUGACGUGCGUUUUGUUCCCAGCUCACCUUGUUCCCUCUGUUCUGUUCCUUCCCCCGCUGCCCCCGAGCGCGGAAACCUGAAAGCGGCAGCCUACGAUGGCACCGCACAGAAACGAAGUCACUGCUCCGACCUCUUUCGGAAUCCUCCCCGUCCUCAUUAUGACUCGGUUAAGAACACUCGCAGCUGCGAAAGUCCAGUUCGUUUUAAUAUUCCCCCCCCCUCUCCUCCUCCUUCCCCGCCAUCUGCCCCACUUUUACAGGAUAGCUCACAGGGAGCCCGAAAUGGCGGACACCGCGUGGCGCCUCCCUCCGGCAUUCCUUCUUCCCAAAAAACACUUCUUUCUCGUUACGACUCUUUCCCUUCUCCGGUUUCCCCUCCCGCUCCUCUUCCCUCCGCCCCUCCCCUCCCUCCUCCCGAUUCUACGCCCCGCGGCACUUCCACUCCGGCGUCGGCUCCUCUCCCUCCCCCAUACCACGUCUCCCAGGCGGGGACAAAGUCGUCAGCCGUCUCCGCCCCCAUUCUUAUCUCUCCCCCUCCUUCUUCCCCUCUCAGCUCCGGUUCCCACGCUCCGUCCGGAGCCGCGGCGGGGGGGGCUGAAGGCCAUAUUCCAGAGCCGCCAGUCCUCUCGGCGGCACCGGUCACUUACCAGCCCGGGAUGGGGGGGGGGAACCAGCCCCAGUGGAGCCCGUUCCCACAUCACUCGAUAAAGGAGCUGUGCAAAGCCCAAAAAGACUUCUCCCGGGAGAGUGAAUACUUCCGGGGAAUUCUGAGAGCCACACUCUCUGACACCGUGGUCACCCCUGCAGAUUUAAGGCGGCUGUUCUCCUGUCUUUUGAACCCCACAGAAUUCCUGGUUUGGGAAAAACAUUGGCAGAGAGAAAUUGGUAAAAUCUUGCCCUCGCUGCGGGAGAACCAAGUGACAGCCACAGAUCUGCAGGGGGGUGUGUUAACAACCGACCACUUGUGUGGGACAGGGGCAUGGCAGGAUGGGCAGGCUCAAGCGUGGUAUGUUCCAGUGGAGGCUUUAAAAGAGGGAGCCAAAGCAGCCGAGCGGGCUUUCUUCACCUUACGGUCUCUUGUUGCCCCCUUAACAUCAUAUAUGAAAAUCAUUCAAGAAUCUAACGAGCCCUUUUUAAGCUUUGUUGAGCGCCUCCGCAGGGCGAUCGAGACGCAGGUCCAUGAUGAGUCGAUUAAGAGGGGAAUCCUCACUGAGGUGGCAGCGACGAAUGCAAAUCCAGCUUGCAAGGCCGCUAUCCUCAGCUUGCCGCUAGAUCCUCCCCCCACGCUGGAUCAGAUGCUAGACGUCUGUGACCGCAAACUCGCUAUCAUCGCGGGGGAACCCGACCAGCAACCCAGGGCUCCAGCUCGAAGGGUAGCUGCCACCGACCUGGAGGAAGUCACCACAGCUGCUGCUGCCCCGUCCCGACAGCCCAACACACCAAAGCUGCAACCCCGGACGGAUGCACCGUGUCACCUGUGCAACCAAUCCGGGCAUUGGAUGCCGGACUGUCCCCUGAGGCGGGAGUUUUACGAAUUUAAAAAGAAACAUCGGCCUCAGGGGACCCCACAACACCAACCAAAAAACUAAAUUGCAAGCGCGCCUCCUCCCCGCGCCACGAUAAAAAUAGGGCAGGUGUCACCAUUCCACCAUGCGGGGAAAGGGGAAGGGAGGGGGACCUCCAGCAGGACCUGCCUGUUGCCACAGACUCUAAAACUUUACCAGACUUAACUUCUCACGAACCUAUUUCUGAUCUUUUUCAGGCGGUACCUCGGCCAGUCCUAACAACCACCUCCAGGACGACCCCCUUUCGGUUGCAGUUGACGGAGCCGCUCCAUCUUAUUGACUCAAGUAUCCAACUCGUCUCCGUCAGUCCGGAGUGCCCAGGUACCUGGCAUCGGACCAAGGAAAGCCCGAGAAUGUCCGUCCCCAUAACCCACAUCGAGCUGAUCAUUUUCUGGAACUUUUUUGCCAUCGCGAGCUCAUGGAUUGUCCCUCAACCCAAGCAAAACAUUUGGAAGAUGCUCGCUGGCGCCCUCGGCAGAGAUCAUUUGUGCCUCUCCGCCACCUCGGCAGCAGACCCCUUGUCGACCUGCCUUGUGGGGAUCCCGCUUCCUCCAAAAGAGUUUCCCGAGCCCCUUUACUCCUUCCUUGAACCCCUUUCCCAAAAUAAAGUUUUCAGUCCCUCUAGUCCCAAUCCCAAUCCAAUCUGGAGGAGGCUAAUGUCCAAAUUGAAUAUAUCUAAAUCUGACCCCACCGAAUUUAAAUUGCUCGGCUCCGCGUCAGCAAAUUUGUGUGUUCAAUUUUUCCCUUCCCGCGACUGCUACGAAAAAUCUUUUACACCAAUUAUAGAACAGAAUCAAAACUACGCGGCAGGGAAUUGGUGUUCUGUCACCUCUCAUAUUACCACCCCCAUCUCAUUUGACGAUAAACCCAGAUCCCUCCCUAACGGCGUAUUUUUCAUUUGCGGAAACCGAGCAUGGGCAGGUAUCCCCUCUCGCCUUCUAGGAGGCCCGUGUACAUUUGGACGGCUGACGCUGUUUGCUCCCAACAAUUCCCAAAUUAAAGAUUGGAAGGAGAAAAUUGUCGCACACAAUUCGGUCCGCGUAGCAAGAGACCUUAAAGAUUUAGAUGAACAGUGCGACUCCAAAAUUGUUCAUUGGUCAAAGCCAGAAGGUGUCGCAUGGACAGUGUUUCUCCCAUGGGUGUCUAUUGCAAAGUCUCUAGGUGAAUUAGCUCACCUGGAGUGUUGGGUAGCCAGACAGGCCAAUUUUACCUCAGCCGCUCUAAGCAACCUCCUAGCAGACGAGGAAAUAACAAGGCAGGCGACUCUCCAAAACCGGGCAGCAAUAGACUUCCUAUUGCUGCUUCAGGAUCACCGGUGUGAGGAGUUCGAAGGGCUCUGCUGCCUCAAUUUAUCAUCCAAAGCCGGGGACGCCAGAAGAUCUAUUGACCAAAUGAAGGGAAUGAUCAGCGACAUUAAGGAGAAAACAUCAGACUGGUUGGGAGACAUCUUUACGGGAUGGGGUCUCUCGGGCUGGGUAGUCUCUAUUUUGAAAACUGUUGUUUUAGUCCUUUUCAUUUUACUAGUCAUUUCAAUUGCAAUUUCUGUCGUUUGGAGAAUUCUUAGAAGGCUUAUAGUUAAAUCGAUGUCUGCUUUAGAAGUGAAUCGGGUGGUAGUCGAAGAACAGAUUAUGGACGAAAGUCAAGAAGAAGGUGCCGAAGAAGACGAGCAGUUAAAAGACCACCCUGGGUCAGAUGAGUCCUCAGAAGAUGGUGUUUAAGUUACCCCACUCCUCCUUUUUCUUUUUAAACAAAGAAGGGGGAAAUGUAGGGGUGCAUUAGUUUUAAGUUGGUUUAUUCCUGUACCCCCCAUUCUGUUUAUGGUUCUGCCCGGGCUUUCUCUCUCUCCCUCUUCUGAAUUGUCCCGUCAGCUACACUUUAUCUUUCCUAAAUUCCUCCCUAACUGCCUGUCUAUUAUUCAGGGUCCUUGCCCACUCAUCCAGAACAUUCUGGCCUGGACAUUGAAUGAUUGGUUUAGAGGUCAGGAUUCAACCCCUAAUUUAUUUACACUGGACAUCUGAGCUGUUUGUUAUGCGUUAUUCCCUCCUCUCAAAAUUUUAGAUUGGUCGCUGUGUUCUAGUUAUAAGACCUUGCCGAGCAAGCUUUUUUGUCCGCGCCCGACGCUUCUUCAAUAAACAUCUCCCUUUUCCCUG